AUGGCAAAUGCCUCAGCGACCAGAGGUUUCGAUGCCGGCCUUGCCAAUGGCGCCCCUCCUCCGUCCACGUUAGCUGCCCAGCUGGUGGAGGACAUCUCGCCUUCGACGAAAUCCUCUCGAUCAGACGAAAAUGCCGAGCUCAAAAGCCAUUUUUGCACGAUACAGCGUGUCAAGGACAAUCCGGACCUCCUCAAGACCCCCGAAGAAAGGAUAGAACAUAACCACAUGCUCAUCUAUGUCUACACCCGCGCCGUCCUCGAAAAUGUCAAACUCGAUGAUCCAUUCCUAGACCGAAUCCACGUCCGAGCCGAAGUCUUGAAAGCUAUUAAUUUUUUGAGGUUUACAGUAAAAGAGACCCCAUCUGUUCUCACGUACCGCACAAAUGGGGAAGGGUUUCUCUUCCGGGGGCAAGAGCCGUUGUGGAUCUGGCUGCUACCCCAAUUGCUUCGCAUGCUGGGGCAUCCCCAAUGCCUGGAGCUACAGGGUUCCAUCGAAGGCUUUUUGCAGUACAUAUUCCUUGUGGUUUCUCGAAGCGAGGCCCUUCGUGAGAUGAUUCCAUCUCUGGGUCUGUACCACAGAGCUUCGUUGACUGGCCUCCUCGACCACCUACAAGACGCAUCGCUCCCACCUUCACACAAGGAUGCGGCAUCGGAAAUCACGCUCCCUCCAACGCUUGCGCUGGCCCAAAUACUCGGCCCCGAUUGGGCACACACAACCCGAUAUACUGCAUAUACCGUCCCACGAACAUUUCAAGCUCUGAGGCAAGCAUAUAGCUUGGCCAGGGUCCUGGCAUAUCCGGUUACGUCGAAUGAUCCGUCCUUCUCCGCUGUCCCUUGGCCGGAAACGGGUGGUUGGCUCUUGGAUGCGCUCAUGGACCUCCGGCUCGUCCAGAAACGAUGGGAGGCAAGCUCCCUAGGCCAGCCCAUGUUCGUCAUCGAGAUGUUGCAGGAUAUAUUGAAUGGUACUGCUAGCUGCGGAGAAAUCUCUGGCCGUACCAGAGAGAAAGCAUACACACAACUCAUCAUGCGAUGUGCGAAGCUGCUCGAGCGAACCAUCCAUAAAGAGUCUCCUCAUACUCCCGAAGGAUCUCACCAACUCUACGAAUUCCAGGAUGAGCAAGUAUCCAAAUGGGCCGACAUGGCUGACCUGAACCCUGGAGAUAAAUAUCAACCGCGCCACCUGUCAAAGAAGACAAAGCUUUCUUCCUCAGGGAUCGAUGUGAGGAACCUCGUACAGGAGAUUUACCGCGCUCUACAGGUCAAUGUUUCCAUCGAAGAGGAUGACCCCGGCGUCUUCCAAGAAAGAUUUCUCGGAGCGUUCGGAGGUGUAGAUGAAGCUUCUCAAUGCUUUGCUCUUGGGACAUUGUCACGGGGGUUCUGUGUUGUUGACGAAACAGUGUCCACGGCUCUGCCAUCACCCAAAUCGUUCCGGAGCCCAGGUUGCUCGAUAUGUAGCCUUACGGGAGGCGGCGCACCUGCCAAGCCGUCGGGCAAUACGUAUAAAGGCGUUUGGUAUGACACAUUUUCGAACCUUGUUCGGUCUCCGGCGUUCUUGGAUUCGAGGAGGACAAGAAUUGUUGCAAUGCAAGCGCUCAAAACCAUGGUCCUCCACUGCGAAACCCCAGAUUUCCUCAGCCUGGAGACCUCAGGUGCCGGACAGUGGUGCAUCCAAUCGUUGAGCAGCUCGGUUCGGGAGCUUCGAAUAGCAGCUGGAAGGACCCUCAUGGCAUUCCUGAUCCCCAAUCCCGCAACCCAAAAGAAGCCUACGAUUCCCUGUGAGCUGUUUGCACGGAACCGCCAAAAUGUGAUUGCUCUCCUGAAAUCCAUUUCGGAAAAACAGAACCCACGUUUGACAGAGACCUGCAUCAUGACAUGGGGUCAGCUCGGUCGUGUUGUGAAGGAAGACGAACUCAACUUGGUCCUAAUACAACUUCUCGAAUAUCUGGGAGAUAGCAACAAUGUGGUGUCGGCAUUUGCAUUCAACGAAAUCCUCAAGCUCUCCGAGAGCUUCGGGACGACUCCAAGGCGACUGCUGGAUCCGUAUUGGAGAAACCUGGCUUACCUUGUCACGAGAGACAUGGUCCGACGACCUCAAAGGAGUCGCGCGGUGGCAGAACUGCUGCAGCUUUCUGUCAAUGAACUCUUACUCUUGAUCCAGGCUCACGCACUCCCGUGGCUGGUCUUGUACAAGAAGAAAGAUAUCAUCCAGAAGAUUGCAGAAGCUCGCCAAGAAAGCGAGAGUUGGCGCCCUCUUAUGGACAGCAUGAACUUGGCCACUACCCUAUCCAGGCUGCUCGUGCAAGAGACCGAGGACCUCGAAGGGUUUGCUAAGUCAUGCCUAGUCGAAAUAUCACCUCAUUUCGAGGCGCAGCCCUUGUCGGAACUGCUACGCUCGGAACCUGUGCUCACCAUCUUGGAACUACUCAAAGCGGCAGGAGAUGCGGACACUUCACGAAAGGCACCUCCACGGAGAGCGUUGCAAACAAUGGCGGCCCUGGUGGCCACUAAUAGCAAAGAAAAGAACAGAAAAGGGAACGUCAUCGGUCGCUUCUUGCAGCCAUAUCUCUUGGGAUUGAUGGCUCGAUUCACCGAUGUCAUCAGCGACUCCAUGUCCACCAACCCGCCAAUUAUGGAGCAACGUCGGUGUAUUCUCGCUAUGGACGAGAUGAUCAGGCUGUGUCACGGGUACUCGAGGAUCGCCCGGCCGCAGAUUUCUGCUUGCUUAAUGUCAGCCCUUCCACAAGAUUCCCUAAGGGGGGAAGCAUUUGUUUGCUGGUCAUCAAUGAUCACUAAUCUCGAGGAAGAAGACGUAGAAGCUCUUCUCGAAACAACGUUCUUCAUUGUCCAUCGUUACUGGACAUCUCUGGACACAGCCGGGACCGGCGUCGUCGACAAAAUGAUGCGCUUCCUUCUGAGUAGCUACGAACCUUCGUUGACGAGGUACAUAACCAAGCUGCCAUCGCUCUGCGGCCUCAGCGGUUUGGAGGAUGUUGAGGCAAAGCUGAAUGGUCUCCGACCUGCACUUGCCCCCGAGACAGCCUUUGACAUCUUCGCUCAACGCAUCCGCCACGAUAGCUCCGGAGUCGUUCACUUGGCACUAUCGGAGCUUGUUCCGUAUUUGAAAGCUAACCAAUCUGCCCUCUACGCGUCUGUCAUCAGCCAACGUCCAGACUCAGCCAUUACCACCCUCCUUCGGGCCCUUCUCGACUGUACCUCUAAGUACAACGGUAUCCAACCCGAUAUAUCGAGGCUCUGUAUGGAGUGCCUCGGGCUUGUCGGCUGUCUUGAUUCGAACCAAGUUGAAACUGUUCGUGAACAGCGGUCCAUCGUUAUCCUCAGUAACUUUGAGGUGCCUGAAGAGGGCACGGACUUUAGUCUUUUUGUCCUGGAAGAAGUACUUGUCCCUGCGUUCCUGUCUGCCACGGAUACACGUAUCCAAGGCUUUCUCUCCUACGCGAUGCAGGAGCUUCUCGACCGUUGUGAUGUCAAGGCGGCGUGCGCCAUGCAGAACACGGGUAUGCUCGGAGGUAAUGAUAUUUACCGCAAAUGGACCUCGAUGCCCGAGACUGUAAGGGAGGUUCUGACUCCUUUUCUCUCUUCGAGAUAUGUGCUUGCGCCUCUGCCCCCCGUUAAUGUGGAAUAUCCUAUUUUCGUUCCGGGGAAGCCAUAUGCCAACUGGUUGAGGUCUCUCGUGAUAGACCUUCUCCGCAAAGGUCAGAAUCCGGUUGCAGACAUGAUCUUCGAGCCUCUCACACGCGUUAUCAGAGUCAAGGACCUCUCACCUGCCGAGUUUCUGCUUCCAUAUCUUCUCUUGCAUGUCCUUCUCGGGAAGAGGAGCACUGAGGACGAGAAGCGAGCCGUCUUGGCGGAGAUUGAGCGAAUCCUGGCUCAUCGGCCAGCGGAUGAUGCGCCAUAUGCAGAGAAGGAGGAUAAAAAGCGAUACUACCACUCGGUAUUUCGGGUUCUCGAUUAUGCGAUGAGAUGGGUGCAACACAAGCGGGCAGCGAGCAGACUGUCACCCGCCGACAAGGUCAAUGUAGAAAGCAUACAGAACGUCUUGGACUCUAUCAACCCGGAUCAGAUAGCACAAUGUGCUAUUGACUGCAACGACUAUGCUCGAGCGCUCUUCCAUCUGGAGCAUCAUGCUCAAAACAUGGAGCACCAGAAAGGAGAACCGGGUGAGCGGACCGAGCUGUUGCAGAAGCUGCAGGACAUCUAUGCAAACAUUGACGAACCAGACGGGCUGGAGGGCAUAUCUGCCCAUCUCCCCGCCCUGGAUAUCAAACAACAGAUUCUGAGCCACAAGAAAGCAGGCCGUUGGACAGCAGCACAGACUUGGUAUGAGAUGCAGCUGGCAGAAAAGCCUGAAAAUCCAGAGGUGCAGCUAGAACUUCUUCAUUGCCUCAAACAGGCCGGACAGCAUGACGUCUUACUGAACCAUGUCGACGGUAUACGGAUCAACAGUUCAAACGUCAACAAGAUUACCCCGUUCGCCGUCGAAGCUGCCUGGGUCACGAGCCGUUGGGAAAGCCUAGAGAAGUUCACGAGCCGUUUCAACGGUAGCGUGACCCAGGACUUUAACAUAUCAAUCGCUUCUAUAUUCCAGUCUCUUCGCAGGCACUGCGACGGCGAGGAGCUGAGUCAGUUGAUCGCCGACAUAAGGGAAAACAUCGCGACCUCGAUGAAUACCUCCGCAACAGCCUCACUACAGUCCGCACACGAGCAGCUAUUAAAGUGUCAUGUGUUAACGGACUUGGAGUUUAUCGUCGGCGCAAAAGCCGAGGACGAGGCUGAGCACAGGAAGGUGAUGGAGCUACUGGAAGGACGCCUGAACCUUCUUGGUGCCUACUCAAACGACAAGCAGUACAUUCUCGGAAUUCGCAGAGCAGCCAUGGAGGUUACGAAAUCCAAGUUCUCUGACACGGAUAUAUCUGCCUUGUGGCUGUCCAGUGCUAGACUGGCGCGCAAGACAAACCUGCUCCACCAGUCGUUCAACGCAGUCCUCCACGCGUCCAAACUUGACGAGGAUGCGGCAACGAUUGAGAAUGCAAAACUCCUCUGGAGGGAUAAUCAUCACAGGAAGGCCAUCCAGAUUCUACAGGGUGCCAUUGAGCGCAACAAGUUCAUGACACAGACUGGCGCGACCGGAGCUUCUUCGAGUGUAUCUAGCACCACCAAGCUCACCUCCGACCAGAAGCUGCUCACGGCACGAGCACAACUUCUUCUGGCAAAAUGGCUUGAUGCAGCCGGGCAGACGCAUGCUACCGCCCUACGCGAAAAGUACCAGCAGCCGCCAAAGACGAUGGCCAUGUGGGAAAAGGGCCACUACUAUCUCGGACGUCACUACAAGAAAGUCCUUGAGGCAGAAAAGCCCCUUCCUAGCGAUGACCAGACGGACAAUUACGUGACGGGAGAGAUAGCGCGGCUAGUCAUCGAAAAUUACCUCAGAUCACUUAACAACGGCACCAAAUACCUGUACCAGACCUUGCCAAGAAUCCUGACGCUCUGGCUCGACACUGGCGCGCAGGUCGACAAGCCCCCGGAUGGCAAGAUGUCGCUGACACGCGAGCUUCAGCGGCGUCGGCUGGAGCAGCUGAACCUGCUGCAUGCAUUCCUGGACAAGUACAUCCACAGACUCCCGGCAUACGUGUUCUACACUGCUCUGCCCCAGAUCGUGGCCCGAAUUGCACACCCGAAUCAGAACGUCUUCCAGCGGCUGACGCAAAUCAUCGUCAAGGUUGUCGAGGCCUAUCCGCGACAGGCGUUGUGGAGCUUGAUCGGGAUCAUGACGACGCGUCAAGUAUCGGAGCGCAAGGCGCGCGGUACGCAGAUCCUGCAGACGCUGCGGAACGGAUCAAAAAAUGUGGAGGGCGCAUCCUUUGAUGUCAAAGGUCUGAUAAGGAUGGUGGAGAAGCUGGCGGGCCAGCUUCUCGGGGCGUGCCACAAUGGCGACUUCCAAGGAAACAAGACGGUGCAUGCGAGCCUCACGAGGGAUCUCCGGUUCAAUCACAAGUGCACGCCCUGCCCUCUGGUCGUGCCGGCGGAGAGCCUCCUGACGGCCACGCUUCCAGCGGUAUCGCAGAACAAGAAGAGGCACAAGGCCUUCUCGAGCGACGUGGUGACGAUCGACUGCUUCCUGGACGACGUGCUGGUCCUCAGCUCUCUUGCCAAGCCUCGGCGUCUGACGGCAAGGGGAACGGACGGCAAGAACUACAUGCUCCUCAUCAAGCCCAAGGAUGAUCUCCGCACAGACCAGCGCCUCAUGGAGUUCAACAGCAUGAUCAACCGGUCCCUCAAACGCGACGCCGAGUCCAGCCGGAGACAGCUGUAUAUUCGCACGUACGCCGUGACGCCGCUGAAUGAAGAGUGCGGUAUCAUCGAAUGGGUCCCCGGGAUCAAGACGAUCCGCGACAUCCUGCUGAACCUGUACUCGUCACGCAAGAUCUAUCCAGACUACAUGACGCUGAAGCAGCUCAUGGAGGAGGCGUCCGUGUCGGAGAGCCGGAUCCGGAUCUUCACCGACGACGUCAUGGGGAGGUUCCCGCCUGUGCUCCAGCUGUGGUUCAUGCAUCAGUUCCCCAAUCCGGCGGCGUGGUUCGCGGCGCGGCUGCGGUACACGAGGUCGUGCGCGGUCAUGUCGAUGGUGGGGACAAUCCUGGGGCUGGGCGACCGGCACGGCGAGAAUGUCAACCUGGAGGAGGGUAACGGCGGUGUCUUCCACGUCGACUUCAACUGCCUGUUCGACAAGGGCCUCACAUUCGCCAAACCGGAGCGCGUGCCGUUCCGGCUGACGAACAACAUGGUGGCGGCCAUGGGCGUGCACGGCUACGAGGGCCCAUUCCGCAAGUCGUCGGAGCUGACGUUGAGCAUCCUGCGGCAGCAGGAGGAGACGCUCAUGACCAUCCUCGAGUCCUUCAUCUACGACCCCACGCUGGACCUGCAAAAGGACAAGAGGGCCUCGCGUAAGGCCGAUAGCAGUGGCGUCAAGCUGCAGCCGCAGAGCGUCGUGGACAGCAUCAAGAGAAAAGUGUCUGGCCUGCUGCCUAAUGAGACCAUUCCCCUCGGCGUCGAGGGCCAGGUGGACGAGCUCAUCAAGCAGGCGGUGGAUCCGAGGAACCUGACGGCCAUGUAUAUCGGAUGGUGUCCAUUUCUGUAA